AUGCCAUCCGAUUCAGAGCUAUCAGAUUGUUGGGUGGGCGUCAACCACUCGGACGUCAUCGACUUUUUGGCAAUGUCUUGGGAACACCUCGAAGAGUCCCCCGAGGACGCUGAAAGUGCGGCAGCCGAAACGGAGGGGAACCAAGAACCACAGGGGUCCGACACUGAGGACCAACACGUCGAGCCUUUGGAAGAGACACAAGCCCAGAGCUUCCUCAAUGAUCCUCGCAAGGUCAAAGCGUGUGCGGUCUCCCUUCUGUGUGGAUGCAAUACCCCAGAUGCAGAGCCGAGGCCGUCGCCUUAUUACCUUCUUCGUUUUUCCCCGACCCUGAAUUGUUCUGGUGUGGACUUGUUCACCGCAAUCCCUACCCUGCCUGACGCAGCCUCUGUUGAAAAACACUGGCAGACCCAUUCUCGUGUACAACGUGUAUUGCAGUCUUUCCUGGAUAACCCAUCUUACGGCUCUAAGUACUUCUACUGUCAUCGGGCUGUUGUUGACGGGGUUCUUGGUGAUCGGGCUGCCCGCAAUUGGUAG